GCUGUCCUUUUGACCAAUCGAGUUUAAAAGGUGGAGCUGACGUCGUUCUGGUUGGGGUUAUGACUAUAUCUUAACACCGUGAAAGCCCUGAAUAAACUCUGCUUUGCUGUGGAAGAUGAGCAAGCGUUCGCAGAAUAAUAAGAAAUGUGCUGUUAUCGGAGGCUCUGGCUUCUUGGGCCAGCAUUUAGUAAAGAAGCUUCUGGAGAAAGGAUAUAUUGUUAAUAUUUUGGAUGUCCGAAAACCAUUUGAGAAUGAAGGUGUACAGUUCUUCAGUGCAGAUCUGUGUUCUAAAGAGGAUAUACUGCCAGCAGUUCAGGAUGUGAGCAUCGUGUUUCACUGUGCCUCUCCAGCACCUUCUAGUGACAACCGAGAACUCUUCUAUAAAGUUAAUUACACAGGGACCAAAACUAUAAUUGAAGCAUGUAAAGAAGCUGGUGUACAGAAACUGGUGCUGACUAGUAGUGCUAGUGUUGUAUUUGAAGGCUUAGACCUAAAGAAUGGCUCUGAAGACCUACCAUAUGCUAAGAAGCCCAUUGACUACUAUUCACAAACUAAGAUAUUACAGGAGAUGGAAAUUCUUGGUGCUAAUAAUCCAGAUCAGAACUUCAUGACAAUUGCAAUUCGUCCACAUGGCAUUUUUGGACCUCAAGAUCCACAUUUAGUACCUGUCCUUGUACAGGCUGCCAAGAGUGGCAAGAUGAAGUUUAUGAUUGGAAAUGGCAAAAACUUGGUAGACUUCACCUAUGUUGAUAAUGUUGUGCAUGGGCUGAUCCUGGCAGCAGAGAAUCUUCACCCAAAGUCUUUCAUCUGUGGAAAGGCUUAUCACAUCACAAACGAUGAACCGAUUCCUUUCUGGACCUUCUUGUCUGAGAUUUUAGUUGGACUAAAUUAUGAUCCUCCAAAAUAUCACAUACCCUACCUGCUGGCUUAUUAUUUGGCCGCCUUGCUUUCAAUUUUGGUGUUACUAUUGAAGCCAUUUGUAACCAUUAAACCUACAUUCACUCCCAUGCGAGUAGCAUUAGCAGGAACAUUCCACUACUACAGUUGUGAAAGAGCAAAGAAAGAACUAGGAUAUAAACCUGUUGUCUGUCUGAGUGAAGGAAUCAAGUAUACAAUUCAAAGUUUCACAUACCUCAAUAGAUCAAGGUAACUACAGUUUCAGCCAACCCAUUAUUUGUUACACUUUUUAGGUUCUCAAUCUGAUGGUACCAAGUAGAUUUGCAUAUCUAGCUUAUUUGUGCCUUGAUAAAAUAUUUCAAUUAUUCUUGGUUGGGUUGCAAGACAUGCAACCCAACCAAAAAUUGGUAAAAUGCUGAUAUGGUGAUUUCUGCCAUUCCUGAGAGGGGAUAAAUAAUGUCUGUCUUGUUCAUUGGUAUUGUUCCUGUAGCCCAUUAAAGAAACCAAUGCAAAUCUUGUACUCCCUAUGGAUAGAAAAAAGACAUUUGGUGACCAGAGGCCUUGUGGGGUUGUGUUGGAGGGGGGGGGAGGU